ACACCACACCCUUUUAUUAAUGUUAACUUAGGGUUAUUACUUAUUCUAGCAUUAUCAAGCCUUGCAGUCUACUCUAUUUUAGGGUCAGGAUGAGCAUCAAAUUCAAAAUAUGCACUAAUCGGAGCAUUACGAGCCGUAGCCCAAACCAUUUCAUAUGAAGUAAGUUUGGGAUUAAUCCUACUAGCAUUAGUUAUCUUCACUGGAAACUUCACACUACAAUCAUUUGGUACCACACAAGAGAGCCUAUGACUAGUUAUCCCAACAUGACCCUUAGCAGCAAUAUGGUACAUCUCAACAUUAGCUGAAACAAAUCGGGCGCCGUUUGAUUUAACAGAGGGUGAAUCAGAACUUGUUUCUGGUUUUAAUGUUGAAUACGCAGGGGGCCCUUUUGCAUUAUUUUUCCUUGCAGAAUAUGCUAAUAUUUUACUUAUAAACACCCUAUCGACUAUUCUAUUCUUAGGGGCAUCUCACAUUCCCUUACUACCAGAACUUACAACAAUUAACCUUAUAUUAAAAGCAACACUACUAUCAGUCGUGUUCUUAUGGGUUCGAGCCUCGUACCCACGAUUCCGAUAUGACCAAUUAAUACACCUCAUUUGAAAAAAUUUCUUACCACUAACCUUAGCCUUAGUUAUCUGACAUUUAUCCACACCUCUAGCAUUAGCAGGGCUUCCACCCCACGUAUAAAGGAAUUAUGCCUGAAUACUAAAGGACCACUUUGAUAGAGUGCAUUACGGGGGUUAAAGUCCCCCUAAUUCCUUAGAAAGAGAGGACUUGAACCCCACUUAAGAGAUCAAAACUCUUAGUGCUUCCCACUACACCACUUCCUAAAGUAAAGUCAGCUAAAUUAAGCUUUUGGGCCCAUACCCCAAAAAUGUAGGUUAAAACCCUCCCUUUACUAAUGAACCCCUAUAUUAUAUCAUUCCUUCUACUAGGUCUAGGCUUAGGUACUACCAUUACAUUCAUAAGCUCUCAUUGAUUAAUAGCAUGAAUAGGCUUAGAAAUUAAUACACUAGCAAUCAUCCCCCUAAUAGCACAACACCACCACCCACGGUCUGUAGAAGCUUCAACAAAAUACUUUCUCACCCAAGCCACAGCUGCAGCAAUAAUCCUAUUUGCUAGCUCCACUAACGCCUGAAUUACAGGACAAUGAAGCAUCAAUGAGAUAUCACAUCUUAUUCCUACAACCAUUAUGAUACUAGGACUAGCUCUGAAAAUUGGUAUGGCACCUCUCCACACAUGAAUACCAGAAGUACUUCAAGGACUUGAUCUAACCACAGGGUUAAUCAUAUCAACAUGACAAAAGCUAGCACCAUUUUCCUUACUAAUACAAAUAAACCUAAAUAACCCUGUAUUAAUCACAAUAGCAGUUAUAUCAACCAUAGUGGGGGGCUGGGGGGGCUUAAACCAAACGCAAUUGCGAAAGAUCUUGGCAUACUCAUCAAUUGCCCAUAUUGGAUGAAUAAUCCUUGUCCUACAGUUUUCACCCUCACUAACACUACUAACUCUUCUAAUCUACAUCCUUAUAACACUUUCUGUAUUCAGCUUAUUCAAAGUAAAUAAAACAACUUCUAUCAACUCACUAGCUACAUCAUGAUCAAAAUCUCCUACAAUCACCGCACUAGCUCCCCUUGUCCUACUAUCAUUAGGGGGGUUACCACCACUUACAGGGUUUGGACCAAAGUGAAUAAUCUUAUCAGAACUAACAAAACAAGAACUUAAUACUAUUGCAACAAUUACAGCAUUAUCUGCUUUACUAAGCCUAUAUUUUUACCUGCGACUCUCAUAUGCUAUAACACUAACCCUUUCACCAAAUACUACCCCUAUAACCAACCAGUGACGGUAUCACACCAAGCAACCUAUUAUUCACCUAUCCAUCUCCACCAUCAUAUCAUUAAUAAUACUCCCCAUUUUACCUAGCAUAAUAACUUUAAUCAACUAAGAGUUUAGGUUAAUAAAAGACCAAAGGCCUUCAAAGCCUUAAGUAGAAGUGAAAAUCCUCUAACUCUUGAUAAGACUUGCGGGAAAUUAACCCACAUCUACUGUAUGCAAAACAGACACUUUAAUUAAGCUAAAGCCUUACUAGAUGGGAAGGCCUCGAUCCUACAAUUUCCUAGUUAACAGCUAGACACUCUAACCAGCGAGCAUCCAUCUACUUUCCCCCCGCCUUGAAAGGCGGAAAGGCGGGGGGAAAGCCCCGGCAAAAAUUAAUUGGCCACUUAAGAUUUGCAAUCUUAUGUGUAAAACACCUCAAGGCUUGGUAUGAAGAGGGCUUAAACCUCUGUAUGUGGGGUUACAAUCCACCGCUUACUCAGCCAUCCUACCUGUGGCAAUCACGCGAUGAUUUUUCUCAACCAAUCACAAAGACAUCGGCACCCUAUACUUAGUAUUUGGUGCUUGGGCCGGAAUAGUCGGCACUGCACUCAGCCUUUUAAUCCGAGCAGAACUAAGUCAGCCGGGAGCUUUACUAGGAGACGAUCAAAUCUAUAAUGUUAUCGUUACUGCUCAUGCUUUUGUAAUGAUUUUCUUCAUAGUCAUACCAAUUAUAAUCGGAGGUUUCGGCAACUGAUUAGUCCCAUUAAUAAUUGGGGCACCUGACAUAGCCUUUCCUCGAAUGAAUAAUAUGAGUUUCUGAUUAUUACCUCCUUCCUUCCUACUUCUCCUUGCUUCAUCCGGAGUAGAAGCGGGGGCAGGAACAGGUUGGACUGUUUACCCACCAUUAGCUGGUAACCUGGCCCAUGCUGGAGCUUCUGUAGAUUUAACAAUUUUCUCUCUCCAUUUAGCAGGUAUUUCAUCUAUUCUAGGAGCAAUUAACUUUAUUACUACUAUUAUUAACAUAAAACCCCCGUCAAUUUCUCAAUAUCAAACACCGUUAUUUGUGUGAGCAGUUUUAGUGACCGCAGUUUUACUAUUACUUUCACUUCCUGUUCUGGCGGCUGGUAUUACCAUACUUCUCACAGAUCGAAACUUAAAUACAACAUUUUUUGAUCCUUCUGGAGGAGGAGACCCUAUCCUUUACCAACACUUAUUCUGAUUCUUUGGGCAUCCUGAAGUUUAUAUUCUUAUCCUACCAGGUUUCGGCAUGAUCUCACAUAUUGUAGCCUACUACUCUGGUAAAAAAGAACCUUUUGGUUAUAUAGGAAUAGUGUGAGCAAUAAUAGCAAUUGGACUUCUAGGGUUUAUUGUUUGAGCUCAUCAUAUGUUCACUGUGGGGAUAGAUGUAGAUACACGAGCAUACUUUACCUCAGCAACCAUAAUUAUCGCCAUUCCUACUGGUGUAAAAGUAUUUAGCUGAUUAGCCACACUUCACGGAGGCUCUAUUAAAUGAGAAACCCCCCUAUUAUGAGCUCUGGGGUUCAUCUUUUUAUUUACUGUUGGAGGACUAACAGGUAUUGUGUUAGCAAACUCCUCUUUAGAUAUUGUAUUACAUGAUACUUAUUACGUAGUUGCUCAUUUCCACUAUGUUCUCUCAAUAGGUGCUGUAUUUGCAAUUAUAGCAGGAUUUGUGCACUGGUUUCCCUUAUUUACAGGUUAUACACUACACAGCUCUUGAACCAAAAUUCAUUUUGGUGUAAUAUUUGCUGGUGUAAACCUAACAUUCUUCCCUCAACACUUCUUAGGAUUAGCUGGUAUACCACGCCGAUACUCUGAUUACCCAGACGCAUACUCAUUAUGAAACACUGUCUCCUCUAUUGGAUCGCUUGUGUCUUUAAUCGCCGUAAUCAUAUUCUUAUUUAUUAUUUGAGAAGCAUUCGCUGCUAAACGAGAAGUGCUAACAGUUGAACUAACCUCAACAAAUAUUGAAUGACUGCACGGAUGUCCACCACCAUACCACACAUUUGAGGAACCUGCCUUUGUUCAAGUACAAGCAAACAAUUAGACGAGAAAGGAGGGAAUUGAACCCCCAUAAAAUGGUUUCAAGCCACCCACAUAACCGUUCUGUCACUUUCUUUAUUUAAUUAACCAA